AUGGUGCUGCUUGGUGAUAGUCUUUCACCGGUUAAAACUCCUGGUACUCCAUAUUCUGUCAGCGUCCUUCGAAAAAGCCUUCAUCAACGAGAAAGGUUUUUUAUGUCUUCUCCGACGCCCUUGAAAGUCCGCAACGAAAACAAUCAAAUUACCCCUCUGAGACCCUCAGCUGUCCUCUCUCCGCCUUUUGAAAAAUCCAGGGACAGUCAGUCGGGUAGGACGUCGCUCGAUACUCCGGUCAAUCAGAUUUCCCCAUCAAAAAAGCCAAAAAAACUCUGCGAGUUUCCGUGGACGGAGUUGGCCAAGAAGCGCGGUUUCACCUGGGAGACUUACGCCUCCGCGUCGAAACCCUCAUUUGAGGUAGUCACGAAAACGCCUAGCCGUCAGGGUGCCCUUCGAAUGCAGACGCCCUCCAAGGUUCAACGAUUCGGCCAGCCAUCCUCCCUGUCUUCCAAACAGACGCCUUGUAGAUUUGCGUCUAAAGUGGAGUCGGUCCGUCGGGUCACCAGUAACACUCCUGCGACAGGAGUGCUCUUUGAGGAGACGCCAAAGCCGCCGCGACCCAAUCGCGUGAAAGUGGGUGCUCUGUUUUCUUGUCAAACCGCAAGAAGCCCCUCCCUUGAGAGAGACUCCAUGGAGGAAGAGGCAUUAGAGACGGUUUCUGUUGUCGCAGAUCCCCCGAAAAUGCGUCUACAGUGGCCGUGGACCGAGAAAGCUAAGAAGAUGCCGUUUAGCUGGUCGAUGCCGCAACCUGCUGCCGCCGCCGCCGCCGCCGCCGCCACCUCCACCCAUCAGCAUCUGCCAUCACCAUCGCCGCCGUCUCCACACAGUCCUUCUCUCCUUCCCACAAACGCCCUCAAGAACGCCAUGCCAGGUGCACCACCGCCUGUUGCAGCGUCUUCAUCGUCACGGCAGGGUAUACCCUGGAACGCAUCGACGAGGUGUUCAAGAGUUGUUGAAGACGUUAGAGCCGGUCCUGGGUCGACAGCGGAUCCUCGUGAGCGACUCCAAAGCCAACCAACCACCAGCACAUCGACUCCUAGUGGAUGCGCGUACAGAAGAAUCGAGACACCGUGGAGUAAACUGCUGAGGGAGAAGGGUCUUGACGAGUGUCGACGGAUCCACGCCGAGAGGCUGAAGACCCUGCACGAGUCCAGACGUCAGCAGGAAGGCGCUGACACGCCGCUACGGAAACAGCAGCCGCCCCAGCAGGCACUUCAGGACGCCUCAACGAGGUCUUCUAGAGCUCAAGAAGACGGUGGAACUGGUGAUGGUGGGACAGCCGAUCCUGACGAGCGACUCCAAAGCCAACCACCUGCCAACACGUCUACUCCUGGUGCAUGCACGUACCGAAGAAUCGAGACACCGUGGAGUAAACUGCUGAGGGAGAAGGGUCUUGACGAGUGUCGACGGAUCCACGCCGAGAGGCUGAAGACCCUGCACGAGUCCAGACGUCAGCAGGAAGGCGCUGACACGCCGCUACGAAAGCUGCCGCCUUAG